AUGUCCGUCAACCGUGGUGUUUACACCGACCUUACUCACAACAUCUACAUCGAUACUGCACAACCCGCUGCGCAUCUGGUGCCUUCUGGCUCGACUCUGGAACCCGGUGAAGUAACGGUCGCAAUCAAGAGCAGUGGAAUCUGCGGGUCAGAUGUUCACUUCUGGAAGCAUGGCGGCAUCGGUCCGUGGCAGGUAUCUGGCCCCCACGUUCUGGGCCAUGAGUCCGCAGGUGAAGUCGUCGCGGUUCACCCAUCUGUCACAUCUCACAAGGUGGGUGAUCGCGUCGCUGUCGAGCCGCACAUCGUCUGCUUUGCUUGCGAGCCUUGUCUGACUGGUCGGUACAAUGGGUGUAAGAACCUCAUUUUCCGAUCGAGUCCCCCGUCUCACGGUCUCCUACGGACAUAUGUCAACCACCCUGCUGUUUGGUGCCACAAAAUUGGAACCAAGUUGUCAUAUGACGAGGGUGCCUUGUUAGAGCCACUUAGUGUGGCUUUGACAGGUGUAACACGGGCGGGAGUGACUAUUGGUGACCCCGUGUUGAUUUGUGGAGCGGGACCGAUUGGUCUGGUGUCCUUGCAAGUCUGCCGGGCGGCGGGAGCCUGGCCUAUUGUAAUCACCGACAUCAACGAGGCGCGAUUGAAGUUCGCCAGCGAGUACGUCCCUGGUGUUCGAACUUGCUUGGUGAAACGGAACGAAACCCCAGAGCGGUGCGCCGAGCGAGCAGAGGCGUUGAUGGGAGAGGGUGUUGAGAUUUCGAUUGCGCUAGAGUGUACCGGAAUGGAAAGUAGUCUGGCUACGGCGAUCCACAGCGUCAAAUUUGGUGGCAAGGUGUUCGUGAUCGGCGUUGGCAAGGAUAAGAUGGAGAUUCCUUUCAUGAGGUUGAGCGCGCGCGAGAUCGACCUUCAGUUCCAGCAAAGAUACGUCAACAUGUGGCCCAGGGCUAUUAGGAUCUUGGAGAGUGGCACGGUGGACUUGAAAAAAUUGGUGACCCAUGAGUUUGUCUUGGAGGAUGCAGCUGAGGCGUUCGCGACGGCCGCUGAUCCAACACGUGGUGCCAUUAAGGUUCUUAUCCGGCCAGAAGCUUGA